GUAGAAUUGCUCCCUAAAUACGCGUAUAUCGGUGUUUAAAGUUCCUCCAUCAUAAUUCCCAAUACCUGUAUAAUCUCUUACCAAUCAUGCCCCCCAAAUCACCUGCCCACUGCUCCUAUGUCAGCUGCGAACUCACUACACCCACGCCAUCGCUUUUCCCUCAAUCGACUAUCCCCACACCCAGCCAUCCACCCACCCAAUCUCUAACAUCACAUCACAUCACAUCCAAAUAUAGCAGCGCCGCACCGCACCGCACCGCACUCACCAUGCGUCCCGGACCUGCUCACGCUGCUGUAGCCAAAAUCUCGCGCAUACAGUAAUAGACAAAUAACAUGGACCUGCCCACUAAUAACUUAUUAAACGAACUAAAAACUUGCAUUCCUCUCUAGGCUCACGCGCAGGCUCAGCCUCUAGCUCACCCUAUCAUUCCUUUCACCACCCCCUCCGCAAAAAAGUAAUGACCGCAUCCUGUACCUACCUACCUACCUACCCACAAUCUGCAUUGAAAAUCCAUUUUACUUCUCCCCCUCCAAUUCCACGACACGCGAAAGAUUCUCCAGAGCAUUUCAUUUAUUUCACACAUCAUGUCGCAAUCGCCCGCCUACCGCCACACCCUCCGCGCUCUCUCCCGCUGGCCCAAAGACGCACUCCGUCCCGAAGCCCAAUUCCAAGACGCCAUCCGUCGACGUCUCGAACGCGUAUCUGCCGCCGGAACCUUCAGUGAAAAGAAAGAGCUGGGCCAGGUAAACGCACUGUAUAGUUUACUCGAGAAUCGCUAUUCGGGAAAGUACCCCCUCACAAGCAAAACCCUCCAACCCGCCAGCAACCCAACAUACUACGACGAUCUAGUGAAGGAGCUCGAGGAGGCUCCCAAUCGGAGCUGGUUCCAACAGCAGCUGAACAGGUGGAAGGGCGCUUUGCGAUUUCAAUGAGAUGAAUUGGUUUGUGCUUGCCAAUAUACAAGUGUGACGAUGGAUGAUGAAAAGGACAUGGGAAAAUAUAUAUGUAUGGGGGAAAAUUAGGAUGGAUGUAUAUAUAAAUAGGGAAUGGAAUGGAAUGAACGGAAUUUUGUAAAUACAAUACUAGGCGUUUAGUAAGAUUGAUUGAUUGAUUGAUUGAUUGACUGACUGAUUGAUUAAUCAACGGGUUCGAUAAAUAAAAAGAUAUCUGGGAAUGAAAAAACGAAGAGAUGAUUGUACAAGUGCAAAUGUACUUGUAUCACCA